UAUGUUUUCCGGACCGGUCGCUUUUUUUGCGUACUUGUAUCGAAAGCAAGAAGUUCAAUUAUACUAUAUUUAUAUAUCGAAAUACAUUUGUUAUUUUGAUAACGAAUCUCAAUAAAUAUUUAGUAGGCAACGCUGUUGUUUAUGCGGGUGUGAUAAGAGCAUCUAUCAAAAAAAAAAACAACAUAAAUUGAAAUUGAAUCAAAAGCAACAACAAAACAAAUCGAGAACGAAAGUAAUAGUUGUUAAAUUCUAGUUUAUUAUAAUGACUUGGGGAUUUGUGACAUGUGGCCCAAACGAGGCAUUAGUAGUAUCAGGAUGCUGCUACAUGAAGCCACUUUUGGUGCCCGGCGGUCGCGCCUUCGUCUGGCCAACGAUUCAGCAGGUCCAGCGAAUUUCAUUGAACACUAUGACGCUACAAGUGGAGAGUCCCUGUGUCUACACCAGCCAGGGUGUGCCAAUCUCUGUGACUGGCAUUGCCCAGGUCAAGGUGCAGGGACAGAAUGAGGAUAUGCUGCUGACUGCCUGCGAGCAGUUUCUGGGUAAAUCCGAGUCGGAGAUAAAUCACAUUGCGCUCGUCACCUUGGAGGGUCAUCAGCGUGCCAUUAUGGGAUCGAUGACCGUGGAGGAGAUCUACAAGGAUCGCAAGAAGUUCAGUAAGCAGGUUUUUGAAGUGGCUUCCAGUGAUUUGGCCAACAUGGGCAUCACAGUGGUGUCCUACACCAUCAAGGAUUUGCGUGACGAGGAGGGCGACUCCAAGGGUUAUCUGAAAUCUUUGGGUAUGGCACGAACAGCUGAGGUGAAACGUGACGCUCGCAUUGGUGAGGCAGAGGCACGUGCCGAGGCACACAUUAAGGAAGCCAUUGCCGAGGAGCAGAGAAUGGCUGCACGUUUCCUCAACGACACGGAUAUUGCCAAGGCACAGCGUGACUUUGAAUUGAAGCGGGCCGCUUAUGAUCUGGAAGUGCAGACGAAGAAGGCCGAGGCGGAUAUGGCCUACGAGUUGCAGGCUGCCAAGACCAAGCAGCGCAUCAAGGAGGAGCAGAUGCAGGUCAAGGUCAUUGAGCGCACACAGGAGAUCGCUGUGCAGGAACAGGAAAUUAUGCGUCGUGAGAAGGAAUUGGACGCUACCGUGCGUUGUCCAGCCGAAGCUGAAAAGUAUCGUCUCGAGAAAAUUGCCGAGGCCAACAAGUUGCGUGUGGUGAUGGAGGCUGAAGCUGAGGCCGAAUCAAUUAAGAUACGCGGCGAAGCUGAAGCAUUUGCCAUUGCUGCCAAGGCCAAGGCUGAAGCCGAGCAAAUGGCAAUGAAAGCCGAUGCUUAUCGUGAAUAUCGUGAGGCUGCCAUGGUGGAGAUGCUUCUGGAUACGCUACCAAAGGUUGCCGCCGAGGUCGCAGCUCCUCUUUCGCAGGCCAGGAAGAUAACGAUGAUUUCCAGUGGGCAAGGCGAUAUUGGCGCGGCUAAGUUGACCGGCGAGGUGUUGUCGAUUGUCAAUAAAGUGCCAGAGCUGGUUAAGAGCAUUACUGGCGUCGAUAUUGCCAGGUCUGUGCAUGCUGGCUAAAUGUCCGAAUCCAAAUUACUCCAAAUAUACCACAAAGAAUAUAUAUAUAUUUAAAUAAUACGAAACAAAUUCUUCGAAACACUUGAAUACUUAAUCGCAUUUACUCUUUGUUUUUGGUUCUAAAAAUAUUUGUGUGUAACAAACAGUGUAUUUUGCACAAAAUGUCAAAUAGCAAAAAACAUAUUUUGUAUUCCAUAUAAGAAUUCAAAAUAAAAUAUGUAUUUA